AUGUCCUUAAUAAGCAGCCGAGUUGUACCCAGCGACCGUCUCAUCUCCCGGUUACAGGCUACUAACCGUUCUCCUCAUUCUCUUAGACAUCCUUUAUCAAACCAUUACUCUAAACUUCCUCACAACCGUCCUCUUCACCAUCUCAGUCAACUAGAUCAAUGUAACCAUCAUCCUUCAUGUAGUCUCAAAAGCUUGCGGCAUAACUCCGUUCCCACCGCCACUACCUCAGCUUUCAAGCCAAUUCUUUCCUCAUUUAACUCAGCUACUCUUACUUUUGAGUCUCUAAGCAGCACCUCGUCGUUGCAGACUCCCUACCGACGAGUUCAUGCGACUCGCAAAGCCUGGCCCAAAGAGACACUCGGAAAUUUGGCCUUGCUGUCCGACAAACCCAAACAGUCAGAAGAGCACCAAAAUUGUCUUGACCUUAGGUGA